AUGUUCGUGGACAGUGCGUCGCGGUGGCAACGGGCGUACGGCAUGCGGGCCAAGAGCGACACCCUGACGUACACGCGGCGUUUCCUCGCCGACCUGAACGGCAACGGCCCUCUGGGGUGUUUCCGCAUGGACAACGCGGGGGAGUUCACGAGUGCUGCCUUCGUCGCGUUCUGCGACGCCGCUGGCAUCCGGCGCGAGUACACCGCGCCCGACACCCCGAAGCAGAAUGCGGUCGUGGAAAGCGCCAUCUGGCGAGCCAUGAAGGGGGGCCACGCCGCCCGCCGCCACGUCCUCUCCAUGGGCCACUUCGACCUCGCCUCCAUCCCCGGUAUGGACGCCAACGGACACCGGCUGUGGCUUGCAUCGGCGAUCUGGGCCUCCGGCUGCUUCAACCGUUGCGCGACGUCGGCCAACCCGGCCUGGAUGUCGCCGUUCGAGGCCUUCUUCGGACGCAAACCGCCGCUCAAGGUCGUCCCCUUUUUCCAGGAGGGGAUGAUGCGCGUGAAGCGCGCCAGCACGACGGACGUCCAAUCCGUUCGUUGCUUCUACCUGCACGGAGCGCGCAACCACUCCGACGCCACUGCCGUCGUACUCCGCGCCGACACCGGAAGGAUCUGCCUGUCCAACAACGUCGUGUGGAUCAACCGCCGCACCGCCGUGCCGGCGCCGGUACCGGCCAGCGGGGGGGGUUCUUCGGUCACCGCGGCGCCCUCGCCGGCCGCCGCCGCUCCUACAGCCGCUGCCGCACCGCCACCGCCAUGGACGUCGCGGACGUACACCCACACCCCGCCCACAGCGACUACCGCUACGCAGCCGCCCGCUUCGCCGCCGCCAGCUUCUCCAUCGAUCUUCACAGGGUCCGGAGAUCCGUCGCCGAUAUCCACGGCGUCGUCGNCUGUCUCUUAUACACAUCUAGAUGUGUAUAAGAGACACGCCUUGGGCUGCUGUCGAUGA